CUCUGCGAAGCGCAUGGAACAAAAUAUGGAUAGCACCACCAUUACCGGGUGGGUGGACCCAGCCCCACGCCUCCGUCUCCUACAGGGCCGAUUGGAUCGUGCUAUGUCCGAGGAAGCAAAGGAUAAGCUUCGUGAGCGCAUCUCAAAACUGAACCAAACCUUUGCCGUUAUUCGCGUGGGUGGGCGCUCAUCAGUGGAGAUCAGCGAAUCCAAAGAUCGUGUGAUUGAUGCUCUCAAUGCCUCGCGCAACGCAUUGGCGGAGGGAAUUGUCGCAGGUGGUGGGGCCGCUCUUCUUCAUGCCUCAAAGGAGCUGGAUAAGAUUCUUCAGGCUGACGAGGAAAUGGAACAGGAUCGGCGAACAGGCGUAAUUAUUGUGCGAAAUGCGGCGCGUCUUCCGAUGAAACGCAUCAGCGAAAAUGCAGGUGAAGAGGGCGCAGUCACAGUGGAAAAUGUUGCUGAGUAUAAAGAUAGCUGUAUGGGCUACGAUGCUCAGAAUGAUCGUUACGUUGACAUGUUUGAAGCAGGCAUCAUCGACCCUGUAAAAGUAGUCACCUCGUGUGUAGUUGAUGCGGCGUCGGUGGCCGGUCUGAUGAUCACCACAGAGGCCAGUGUAUGUGAUUACCAGACAGAAUAA